CAUGCGAUCGUACGGAAUCACGGAGUGACGCGAGGCCGUCGACUCUUUAAUACCGCAACGAAGCCAAGGCUGUUUGCGUAGCGCGAGUACGCGGGAUUGGAUAGACUUGUUUGAGAAGUUACGUGUGAGGAACGUUCGAACACUUGUGAACGCGCUGGAACCAUAACAUACGCGGGAUCUCGAAGAAGAAGAAGCUCGACGAGUGGGAGACGGUAUUUGAAACGUCAGAGGGACAUAAGUUUGGAAGGUUCGCCAGGUGAUAAGUGGGAGCAGGGGAACAAGAGAAAGAGAGAGACCGUACGGUGACCCAGAUCGCAGCGGGUCGAACGAGACAGGCCGGUACGAAGGAGUCGCGGUGGACUCUCUGAAAUGGGACACGACGCAGCCUGGAGCUAAAUUAGCCGCGAUGUCCAAUAAGAGUAAGUCCCAGCCGCAGCAGCAGCAGCAUCCUUCGCACGUGAUCAAGUCGGCAGUGGAACAAGUGCCACCGCGGUAUCAGCCACCGCCGCAGCCAACCGGCGGCAUCCUGAAGAAUCAUCCGCAUUUCGGUCCAGGCCCGUCCGUGCCUACCUCGGUCUCCGCCUCCGGCCAAGGUUCCGUCGCGGCCUUGAAUCAUCAUCAGCAAACGCAGCCGCGAGCCGUGCCGCAGACGAAGGAUGCGCAGGGCAAGUACUCGCCGAGGAUAGAGCAUCGACAUCAUCCUCAAGGCGGAAACGCUUUGGCUGCGCCCGUCCCAAAAACGCAGCCACCGCAUAGUUAUCUCCAGGCCAAGGUCGGGCAAGGCCAGUACUUGCCACCUAACGGUCAGUAUCCCACGGUAAACACGGCGCAAACACCGCCGCUCAGACAGAGGAUCACGGACGAGGAGUUUCUCAGGCUGGGACCCGUGGAGAUGCUGAAGUUCGUCCGGAAGACCGAGAGCGACAUAGCGAGGCUCGCCGCCGAGCAGAAUCGUCAGAUACAAAACUUGCUCAGCGAGCUCCGAGCGUUAAAGGAGGCAAACCAAAGAUUAAGCGAUGAUAAUCAAGAGCUGCGAGAUCUCUGUUGCUUUUUGGACGACGAUCGUCAAAAGGGACGGAAGUUGGCGAGGGAAUGGCAAAGAUUCGGGAGGUACACGGCCUCGGUCAUGCGACAAGAAGUGUCAGCUUAUCAAAAUAAAUUACGUCAAUUGGAUAACAAACAGCAAGAGCUGAUCAAGGAUAAUCUCGAGUUAAAAGAACUCUGCCUCUACUUAGACGAAGAGAGAGGAGGUGGUCAAAGGGACGACGGAGAUGGUUCGAGUUCGAGCACCAAUGCCGAAGAAACUGUACCUCCGAGGCCGAGGCACACGUCCACGUUCAAUGAUCAAACCAUGCAGUACGUGAGGAGCUUGGAACAGCGAGUGAAACAGCUCGAAGAAGACAAGAGUGUUCUACAAGCGCGAGCACAAGGAUGGGAGGUACCGCCUGGAGAAAUUUGGGAGAACCAAAAUAGUCCGGGGGAAAAUCCUCAUAUCGGAAGCCGACCGGAAGCUGUGGUGCGAGCUCUUCAGGUUCUCGAAGUUAGAGAACAACUCGAAAGAGAAGGAGGCCACGACGGAGAGAAGGCUUUGGUCAGAGAAAUGUGUAAUGUUGUCUGGAGGAAAUUAGAAGAAGGCCCACAAGCAAGGCACUGAGAAUCGUAAUGCGAGCACGACUGCUAGAAUUAUAGUGUAAAUGCCCCUUGCGAUCCUUUCUGAUUUCGUACUUAAUGGUAUUAAACUGAUUAAUGUUAAUUUUAUGGACUCGAUAGAUUUCUACGCAUGUACCUACGAAUAUUUCGAUGUAAGAGUCAAUGUGCCUAGUUUACAGUAUUUAUAUGAAUAUCGUAGAUGCCGUUAGAUUGCCUACAUAAAUUGUUAAUAAACUCUAUUUUUAUUAUA